AUGUCCGAGUCAUUAUACAAUCAUUUCCGUCCUUUAGAUAAGGAAGUACCAGAAGAUCACCUUUUACCAUUUCUAGACUUCGGCAAGAAAUUGAUUCCCAUGAAUGCAAAAGUCACCUCCCCGGUCGGUGGUUCAUCCUCGACCAGCAGCACAAACUCCAUCGAGGCUACUGGAACAUCCCCACGUACACCUUCACUACGCCAGUACAAUUUAUUGAACACUACGCCACAGAAAGUUUUGCCUUUAGACAGUCGCGCGGCACAUGUUCCAAGGGAGGAAGAACUCCAUGAGGACAUGGAUGUAUCCGUCGUCAAAUCUGUUGUCGAGAAAAAUAAAGUAUCACGAAACAGAGGUAAUGCAUUACAGUUUCUUAGAAACUUAGGUGGACUUUAUCGCAAACACGGAACUUUGACCUCUGGAAUAGUAGAGAAUCCAUCUGCAUCCAGUAUUACUCCUACAUCAUCCACAGAGAACACAUUGAAAACUGAAGAAGCCUCGAAGAAUAAUUCCAAAUUUGAUGAUAGCAGUAGAAUGAAACUGGGAUCCCUCGGAGAUGUAUCGACGCCGAUUACUUCCACUGAAUAUCCAUCUACUUCUCAAGGAACGCAGAGAAAUUUGUAUUCGCUGCUCGAUGACACGGAUGCUUAUUCAGACAUCAGUAGUCGUAGAGAUGUUCGAUAUGGAGGACAAACCGGAAGUGACGUAGGGUCUCCUGUUUCUAGAACUAAGCUCCCCAGAGUCCAGACUCAUCUGAGCUGGGACCAGGAAAAGGCAUCUACACCUAUAGUUCCAGUGUCCGCCACUAGAUGGGAAUUUCCACGCUCAAAACUUCGACUGCAGACAGUUCUGGGUCAAGGAAACUUUGGACAGGUUUUAAAAGCAGAGGCAGACGACGUGAGUGGUCACGAAGGCACGACUCGCCUGGUGGCUGUGAAGAUGGUAAAGGAAGGGGCUUCUUCCCACGAAAAGGAAGAUUUACUUCGAGAGCUGGAGAUCAUGCAGCAGUUGGGCUCCCAUGCUAAUGUUGUCACUCUACUGGGUUGCUGUACUGAAAAGGAGCCUUACCUGCUGAUAAUGGAGUACGUGAUGUAUGGCAAACUGCUGGCAUUUCUUCGUGACCACCGAACCAGGCAACAUUAUUAUAACUUCUCUGAAGACUCUGACGCGCUAACCUCACGGGACCUCACAAUAUUUGCGUACUGCGUGGCGAGAGGGAUGGAGUACCUCGGCUCCAAAGGGAUUAUCCAUCGAGACUUGGCAGCACGGAAUGUUUUGGUAGACCACAACAAGAUGUGCAAGAUUGCAGAUUUUGGAAUGUCCAGGAGUGUGCGGGAGACAGGCGACAUGUACGAACAGCAGCAGACCAAGGGAGCCCUUCCAAUUCGAUGGAUGGCACCCGAGUCGUUACACUACAGAAUAUUUACUCACAAGUCCGACGUGUGGAGCUUCGGUAUACUUAUGUGGGAGAUCGUGACACUCGGAUCAACGCCGUACCCAACUAUGGGUGCUCGGGAGGUAAUGCGAUGUGUGAGGGAUGGAUAUCGACUGGAAAGGCCCGGCCACUGUCGCAUCGAGCUAUUCCGAGUCAUUUCCAGAUGUUGGAACGCUGAUCCGAACAAGAGGCCAGACUUCGCUGCUCUCAGGUAUGAAAUCGGAGCAUUGAUAGAGGCUAGCAAAGAUGGAGGAGGUUAUGUCGAUUUGGAGAGCUUCGCUGAAUCAAAUAAGUAUAGUUAUAACAGGAGCGAAGAUCAACCAUCGCAACAUCAUCGACAUCAUCAUAAUAAUCAUCACCACAAUCCUGGAUCAACAUCGGCUACUCUCGGCAGCGAUAUCGCCGCAGAUGAAGAGGUGAUGAAUAUGUGACAUGAAGCCGUCUGGGUGUGACGAUGUGAUCGCGCGCCCUUCGGUUCAGUAGCGCUCGUAUAAAACAUGGGAUAUGAAUCGUCUACAUGUCGAAUUCUCCGGAAUGAACGAGUAGAGCAUAUUCGCAGUACAAAACAUCACAAAUGCAAAUGACGGAUACAUUCAAAUAUU